AGCUUCCCGAGAGCUGGGCUGAUAUGCAGGAGCCACUGCUUGAGGGGAUGUGCUUCACACUCAAGUAUCUGGGGAUGACACUGGUAGAAAAACCCAAAGGAGAAGACAUGGCUGCUGCUGCCAUCCACAGGAUCGUGGCCACGGCACGGGUGGGAGCUCGCAAGUUCCAGAAGGUGAUUCUGACAGUGUCUCCGAGAGGCAUCUCGCUGCAGGAUGCAGACACAAAGGAGAUGGUUGAGAACAUCUCCAUCUACAGGAUCUCCUACUGCACAACAGACAAGCUGCAAAACAAAGUCUUUGCUUAUGUUGCCCAGAGCCAGGAGAGCGGAGCACUGGAAUGCCAUGCCUUCCUUUCACCCAAGAAGAAGAUUGCCCAGGCUGUGACUCUGACCGUGGCCCAGGCCUUCCAGAUGGCUCUGGAUCUCUGGGAAGCAGCACAUGCAG